AAUAUGCAAUAUUUGCAUCAUUCACUUUGAAACUCCCUCUCUGUCUAAAAAGCCAGAGAGAGAGAGACUAAAGCAAAAGACUUCCUAAAGCAGUUGGCUUUUUGAAGGGGGAAUUGAUUGGUAAGCGAAAGAUAAGGAGGGCAGCUUGGUCAUCUAUCUGUUUGGGCUUCAUCGGCCUCAUGGUACCUUCAGGCAACGCCAGUCAAUUCAGAAUCCACCACUUCGGCGGCAUUAGAGACGGUGGAUUCUGGUCUUCUACGGCGUCGCCGACCUCCGAAGCUGCAGUUGUCUUCACCGUCCUUGCUGGUAACCUUCUCUUUUGUCCCGAUUUCUACACCAGCAGCACUAGGUGAAAAAUUGAUUUUGAAAAAUUGAUCGAUCGUUUCAAUGCUAACGGUAAAAAAGAAUCUCAGAAAACCCUAGUAACGACACGUAGAGAGUAUAGUUAACUUAAAAGGAAAAAAACCCCACAGAUUGUAAUAAAUGAAAGCUCUUAGACGAAGUCAGACUGCUUCGUCUUCGUCUUCAAGCUCGCCUUCGUCGUCAUCGUCAUCGCCGUGGAUUCAUUUGCGUUCGGUUCUUUUCGUUGUUACUUCUUCUUCACCAGCUUCUUGUUCUUCCGCCGAUAGUGAUCGACUCAAAUCACCUUGGUCUCGCCGGAGAAAGAAACAGGCCCUUUCACCUCAGCAGUGGAGAAGUUUGUUUAGCCCAGAUGGUAGACUCCGGGAUGGUGGGGUCAAUUUCUUGAAAAAAGUUCGCAGUAGAGGUGUUGAUCCAAGUAUCAGGGCUGAGGUCUGGCCGUUCUUCUUGGACAGCUAUGACUUAAACAGUUCCAAAGAAGAAAGAGACGUUGUUAGAACUCAGAAAAGGAAGGAAUAUGGAAAACAUCGCAGAGACUGCUGCCGGCUUGCAAAACAGAGCACUGGGAGUUUUAAGUUCACUGAAAUUGGUGGAACUUGUCAAAACGGAGAUGGUAAUAGUCUUAUUCAGGAGAUUGACUCAUCUAGCUCCGAAGAUGUGGUUAGUGCCAGAGAGUCUCUCUCUAGUGAGGGAAGGAGUCCUAAUACUGAAUAUUCUGAUGAACCACCCAAUACCUUUUUGGAAGGAGAUGAUGGAUCGAGAAGAACAAGUGCUGAUGUAUCGGCUCGGAACAGUGAGUCAUCGGACUCUGACUCCUCUGAAGACCCUGAAGCGAUUCCAGGUUCCCCUUUUUUAGAUGGCAGGGAGGAGAAUGAUCCCGAUGUGUCUUCGAAAAGGAAUUUUUCUCGCUCAAGCAGUGAAUGGCUAUCAAAACGACAUGCAAUCGAAGAUUUUUCCACCUGGCAGCGAAUCAUUCGUCUGGAUGCCAUUCGUGCCAAUGCUGAAUGGACGUCACACUCUCCUUCUCAGGCUGCAGUGUCAGAUGGGAUGGCACGCCGUUUGGCAAAGGCAGUUGGGUUAAAGGAUUAUGAUCACCUGGAGCCCUACGGAAUUUUCCAUGCUGCACGUUUGGUUGCUAUCCUUGAAGCUUAUGCACUCUACGACCCUGAAAUCGGCUAUUGCCAGGGCAUGAGUGAUCUCCUUUCUCCAAUAAUUUCAGUCAUCCCAGAGGACUAUGAAGCUUUCUGUUGCUUUGUAGGUUUCAUGAAGAAAGCUCGAUAUAAUUUUAGGCUCGAUGAAGUUGGAAUCAGAAGGCAACUUAAUAUCGUUUCCAAGAUAAUCAAAUGUAAGGAUUCCCAUCUCUACAGGCAUUUGGAGAAGCUCAAGGCUGAGGAUUGCUUUUUUGUUUAUAGAAUGGUGGUGGUACUGUUUAGGAGGGAAUUGACAUUCGAACAGACAAUUUGCCUCUGGGAGGUAAUGUGGGCAGAUCAGGCGGCCAUUAGGGCUGGGAUCGGGAAGUCUGCCUGGAGCAGGAUAAGGCAGAGGGCACCCCCUACGGAUGAUCUAUUGCUCUACGCAAUUGCAGCUUCGGUGUUGCAGAAGAGGAAGUUGAUCAUCAAAAACUACGGUAGCACGGAUGAGAUUAUAAGUGACUGCAAUAGCAUGUCGGGGCAACUUGAUGUAUGGAAACUCUUAAAUGAUGCACAUAACUUGGUGGUAACUCUUCAUGACAAGAUAGAAUCAACCUUCCGAUGAUUGCCACAUUUAGUCAACUAAAUUUUAUGUGCUUCAAGUUCUUUCUUGGACCUUGAUGCUGCGAGUAUUUUCAAGUCCCCUCUUGGAAACUAUGCUUGAAAUGCUGCCCAUUGCAUUGCUAAGGUAUUUUUUUUGCAUCAAAGCUAGUUGAAAAA